AUGUCGACCUUUGAUGGGUUUGUCCGGGAGUUUCCUUUUAUAAGAAUCGACUACUUCCGCAAAAACCCACAGAGACCGCCUCCUCUAGCAUGUUUCCUUAGCCAUGUUCACAGUGACCAUCUGCAAGGACUCGAGUCCUUUAGAGCUCCUUUUAUCUACUGCUCUUCAGCAACGAGAGAGCUUCUUUUGCGGAUUGAGAAAUAUCCCCAUCGUAUCAAUUUUAACAAUGGCGUUCUCGAAUGUCGAAGACUUCAUUACAAACACUUGUCAAAAUUUCUGCGGCCAGUUCCAUUAAACACACCAACAGAGAUCGAUUUAACCCCACGGUUGUCUAUCAGAGUCACUCUGCUGGAUGCGAAUCAUUGUGCUGGGGCGGUAAUGUUCCUGAUUGAGGGUGAUGGCAAAGCUAUUCUUUAUACAGGGGACAUACGCGCGGAGGCAUGGUGGGUUAAUAGUUUAAUCAGACAUCCAAUUCUUAUCCCUUAUACCUUGGGGAACAAACGAUUAGACAAGAUAUAUCUAGACACUACAUUUGCUCAUACCUCCCACGCAUACGAUGAUUUUCCGUCAAAAGCAGAAGGGAUCGCUGAACUGUUACGCAAGCUUGAACCAUAUCCGGAAGACAUCAAGUUCUAUUUCCGCGCCUGGACAUUUGGAUACGAAGAAGUGUGGACAGCACUCUCGGCCGCCUUGAAAUCCAAAGUGCAUGUAGAUCGGUAUCAAAUGGGGUUAUAUAUAUCGCUUUCUUCGCGAGAAGGAUAUGGUACGACCGAAGUGCCUUUUCUCUGUGGCUUCGAACUCGGAAAUGGAAACAUACCUGGCUGUCUGAGCGACGAUGAGAAGUCUCGAAUUCAUAGCUGCGAGCCGGGUGCCCACUGUUCCGCUAUCAUGUCAAACAGGAUGGUUUAUAUCUCGCCAAUAGUGAGUCGGACAAACGAUGGGUUCGAUGUCCCAGAAGUAGGAGCUGGUGGUGGGGGAGGUGAUCUAUAUCAGACCCAUGAACUUGAGCUUCCAGACCAAUCAGCACUGGAGCGCCUCGAACUAUUUUGCCGCGAGCGAAUCCAUGAUCCACAAGUUCUCUCCAAAACCAGGGAAGCGCUGCUUGAAGCGUUUAAAUCUAAAAAUAGAGCCCUCUCGCUUGAUAGCUAUGGGAUGAAGGAUGCGCAAGACAUGCCACUGGAGGAGCUGGUGGAGAUUAUCAGCCGUGGAAGUCAAUCAGAAGAGCUAGAACUUCCGGAAACAUUGAAGACAUCGAUGCAAAUUUUGGACAAGUCAGGAAACCCUCUUCCCAGGACUAUUCAUUUUCCAUAUUCUCGGCAUUCAUCAUAUGCAGAGUCGUGUAAUCUCAUCGCCGCCUUCAAGCCUAAGGACAUUCACCCCUGCACCGUGGACCCUCUAAGCUGGAACGAACACAUGUCAAUGCAAAAUUUGUUCGGCCAUCUCUGCUCUGAUAAUCAGUUCGAGCAUGACGAACAUAUGCGAGUCAUCAAUGCAAUUACCAGCCAACGCUCUAGAAAACGAGCAAGAUACGACCAUGACCUCUCAACCCAGUCAACUCAACACUCGUCUAUCAUGACCAUAAGCUCCGACAGCGAUCACCAACUCUCCCGAAUUCCCCUCACCCACGAACCCAGCGAAGCAAAAGUAGGUAGCAAACUAAACGAGGCAUCUCAACCUGAAUCUCCACAUCGUUCAGCACCCCAAGAACCACUGGAGCCACCAUCGUCACACCAAAUCCAAAUAUCAAUCCCCUCUUCAACCGAGAUACCCAACAUAUCAUCACGAGACACAACCAGCGAACCGAUUCAAUUCUCAUUAUCUGCACCGAACCAGCCACUCAAACUACCGCCCUCAACUCCAGAGUCUACGGUUUCGAAACAAGCUGCAAUCCAUCAAGCCUGGCGCUUCCUUCACGACGCCCAACAACACCACAAACACUUCCAUCUGGGUUCUCCCCCAUCUUCAUGGGCCAUCGAUGACCGCGAGCCACGUAGACGAAGCGAAACAGACACAGCCAUACCCAUACCCAUACCCAGGCCCUUCCCUCAACCUCAUGCACCACCCGCAACGAAAAAUCUCGACCUUGACCCCCAACCCGAAGAAUCCAAAUCCGAACCCAACCCUUAUUUCAUAUCGAGAACACCGAAUCCAAUAGCUCGCGGACAAGACCACGAAACACCCAUGGAAAUAGGCAUCAUCAACACCAACACCGAACCCGAAACCAACACGGGCCAUGACCCAUCCAGCCAACAAAGCCACAGCCUCUCCGUCUCGUCCUCCGCCUUCGCCUUCUCAGGCCAAGAGCAAACGGAAGACCAGAGAGUAUUCCUCAACCCUGAGGAUAAAUCGUCUGCUCUAAGUGAUGGCGAUGAGCGAGAAAUGCCCGAUGACCUGGCUGUGAGCGUAGAUCCGGAUUUAGAUCCAGAGACACGAGGAGGUCCCUCUCUCCAACGAGAAAGGUCAACUCGCGCACGGAAAGCGGCGUAUCUCGCGGCCAAGGCGGAUAGUUAUGAUGCCUGGGCGUCUAUUUCGCUUGUUUCAGCGGGGAAUAAUCAUACAGAGGAGGAGAUUGAGUUGUAACCGUAACUUCUCACUUUUAUUUACCGCGUAGCUCUUUUACAACUACUUUAUUACUUAUACUAUACGAUUUUAUGUAUUCAUAAUCCUAACGCCUUAGGAAGGGGAUUUUAAUGAAUUGGAAAGAAACGC